AUGCAGCUCGAUCGUCAACUGCCGAAAUAUAUUGAUAUAGAAGGUGUAGAAGGUGUAGAAGAUGAUCAAGAUGAUCAAUUGUUUACCGAUGAAGAAGAAGAAGAAAUAAUGGAUGAAGAAGAUUGUGAAACAACAGAGGAAGAAGAAGAAGAAGAAGAAAUGGAAAUGAACGACCAGAACACCGAAUUGGCAGCAAAACUUCAAGUAUCAAGAUUCGGAAUAUGUUAUGUUUGUGAAGAAAUAGGUCUAGAAUACAGCAGCAUAUACUUAUGUUGCGAGUGCGAGUCAAAAAUGAAUGAACUGGUUGAAAAGGCGCAAACAGUCUUCUGCCGUGAUGGAUGUCCCAAAAAUUGUUCUUCCUGUCUUCUUUCUAUUGUUUUUCAAUACUUGGACGUGAAUAAUAUUUAUGCAUAUGAGAAAAUCGAUUACAAUUUGGAAUUAAUGAUAGAGUAUGUGUAUGGAGGAUCGGAAGACAAGGUAAGUCCUUUCUUGAAUUAGUAUCGAUUUAUAAUAGUAGAUUCAUGAACAGUUUUCGUUACAAAAUGGAAUUUUAAUUCAAUAU